CAGCUUAGCAUUUUGGAUAAGUUUUUUUCUUUUUCUUUUUCUCUCUCUAAAUUAUUUAACUUUUUAGAUCGAUUUUGCUCCUUUUUUCCCUAGAAUAAUUAACAUGCACGGUAGGAAUGUGAGUGUCUGAGAUAGACUGCAAGGGAGGAUUAGGAAGGAAGUAGAGAGAGAGAGACAUUCCCUCUCAAAUCCUCUCCUCCAUCUCCAUUGCCAAUGGUCUCUCUCUCUCUCUCUCUCUCUCUCUCUCUCUCUCUCUCUGCUUUUCUUCUUGAUAAAAACCAAAAACCCUCAAAACCCUCAAUGAAAGUUAACUCAGUUCCCACUUAACCUUGUCACUAUUGUUGUUUGUAAUCUUAUAAAAUUAUUAUUCCAUUAUUUUAUAUAUGAUCUUGUUUUUAUUAUAUAAACACAUCACAUUUUCCCAAAAAAAAAUUCAGCUUCCUAAGACCUAAGUUGUUGAGCGUUGAAGAAUAAAAAGAAAGACAUCUUUCAAAGAAGAACAGUGUCUUUUACGGAAGGCCAAGGGAAAAAGGAAAAGGAAAAGAAGUAGAGAACUACUUAGAAGAAGAGGGAAGAAAAUAGUCCAUUCUUUGCAUUAUUAUUGUUCAUUCAAGGAUGUUAUCUACCACUUGCAUUCUCUUAAUAUGCCUCUCGAGCUUUCUCUCUCCCAUUGUCAGAGCCACAUUAACCCUCAAUCUCACCCUCCCUCACCAGCAUCCUGAUCCUGAAGCUGUGGUUCAAGAAGUUCAAAGGAGAGUUAAUGCCUCAGUAUCAAGAAGACAGAUGCUUUCCGUACAUGAAAAGGAUCAGUGCUCGACCGGAAAUCCCAUCGACGAUUGCUGGCGCUGCAACUCAAAUUGGCAAGUGAAUCGCCAGAGACUCGCUGAUUGUGGCAUUGGGUUUGGCCAGGACGCAAUGGGAGGUAAAGGCGGCCAGAUCUACGUCGUAACGGACUCCUCCGACCGCGACGUGGCCCGUCCAGUCCCCGGAACGCUCCGCUACGCCGUGAUCCAAACAGAGCCACUCUGGAUCGUCUUCUCAGCCGAUAUGACCAUCAAGCUCAAGCACGAGCUUAUAAUCAACAGCUUCAAGACCAUCGACGGCCGUGGCGCCAAUGUCCACAUCGUCGGAAACGGUUGCCUAACCCUCCAGUCGGUCUCUAAUGUCAUCAUCCACAACAUCCAUAUCCACCACUGCAAACCCUCGGGACACGCAGACAUUGCCUCGAGUCCCACCCACGUCGGAUGGAGAGGUGUAUCGGACGGCGAUGGUAUCUCCAUCUACAGCGCACGCAAAAUCUGGAUCGACCACUGCACGCUGUCUUACUGUACGGACGGUUUGAUCGACGCAAUAAUGGGUUCGACGGGGAUUACGAUCACGAACAACCAUUUCUCACACCAUGAUGAGGUUAUGCUUUUGGGCCACAACGAUAACUACUUGCCAGAUUCAGGUAUGCAGGUUACGAUUGCCUUCAACCAUUUUGGGCCGGCGCUGGUGCAGCGUAUGCCCAGGUGUAGACGCGGGUACAUACACGUGGUCAACAACGAUUUCACUCAGUGGGAGAUGUAUGCCAUCGGCGGUAGUGCUAACCCCACCAUUAACAGCCAGGGUAAUCGAUACAUUGCCCCAGCAAACCAAAACGCCAAAGAGGUGACGAAGCGCGUGGAUACAAACGAGGGUGACUGGACUGGGUGGAACUGGAGGACAGAAGGGGACAUGAUGGUAAAUGGAGCGUUCUUCGUGCCCUCCGGGGGAGGGCUUAGCACACAGUACGCCAAGGCCUCUAGUGUUGAGCCCAAAUCAGCCGCCCUCAUCGACCAGCUCACUUCCACCGCUGGCGUCUUCGGUGACCCCAGGGACAAGAGCGUAUCACUACCUGGAUUCAGCGGCGGUGGGAGCAUAAGUGGGGCCACAAGCAACACCGGGCAUGGGACCUCCUCCACCUCCAAUGGCGACGACGACUACUUCGGAAUGAUAUUUGGGAGUGGUUCGUCAUCAGCAGCCGGCCCCAUGACCCCGACCCCUUCCCCUUCUUUCUCUAUCUUUUUGUCUCUUUUAAUUAUUUUAGUCAUCUCUUUCACCACCAACUGUGGUGCUCAAUUAUCAUUACCAUUAUUAUUAUUAUCAUCAUCACUGUUAUAGAAGGCUGAAAAAACCAAGAAACAAUAUUGUGUGAAAUUUCAUAAUUAGAUGAAGAUGAGUAAAGAAAUCAAAAAAAUGAAAAAAAGAAAGAAAAUUUCGCAAA